CAGCUGGUGUAAACCAGAAAUGCCCAGAGCCGCUGUUCGCUAAAACCUUGACUGCACAUUUAAGGAUGCUCUUUCCGUCAUGCUGCUUCACCAAAUUACUUUCUUUCUGGCUUUUUCAGCCGGUGGUGGAUCUGUAUACCAGUUUCCAGGCUCUGUGAUCGAGAAGUCCAGGAGCAGCGUAACCCUUCACUGCAACAUAGAGGAUACCAUACUCUACUGCUACACCGUUGUGUGGUUCAAGGUACCACGAUCAUUCCCUACUCUGUCCUUGCUUGGUGAUGGCAAAAAGUAUAACACAACGAAAGGAAUGCAGAAGAUUUGCUCUCUUACAAUCUCAGACCUGCAGACAAAUGACUCUGCUACUUACUACUGUGCCAUCGCGAACGAUUCUAAAGUCUAUUUCGGGAACGGCACCGUUGUGCUGGUGGCAGAACAGCCUGCCAAGCCCACUUCAAUGGAUAUCCUAGAAUCUCAUGAUGAAUCUCUGUCUCAAGUAUUGCUACUCUGCCUUGUGUCAGAAGGAAUCUUUGAUGAUCCUCAUCUUUACUGGAUCAUAGGUGGCAAUAUCAUAAAAGGAAAUACAGAUGUCAGUACGCAGUUCGUUCAGAACGUGGUAGUUAUUCCUGCAGAUAUUUGGCAAUCUGGAACACCAUGUACCUGUGUGUUGGAAACAACAAAUGGCAUGACUCUGAACAAGACAGUGACACACAAUGCAGGCUUUAUGAAUGGAUGCUCUGCUUGGUUUUCUGCUCUUGCUGGAGUCUCCUUACUGCUUCUUAUUUUAUUAAUAACUGUGGUGACACAAUGCUGCCUGCUACAUAGGAAAUCAGGGACAGGGACACAAAAUACUGGAGAAAUGGAAGUGAAAUCCAGGAAUGUGAAAAAGAAGAGCACGGUGCUAACAGAAGUGCAGUAUGCCAGUCUGGAGUUUAAAUCCAGAGAACACCGUAAAUGAAACA